AGAAGGAGGAGACAGAGAAGGGAGGGUACGAGGGAGUGGGGGGCGCCAGGAGCCCUCGCUCCGGAAGUGAAGCAGCCACUCCACCGGCUAAUGGACGCGCAGCAGCCGCCCGACAGACCGCUCUCAGCGCCAGGGACAGCUUGGCUUGGCUGAAGACAUAUACAUUCUGUUGUACAGAGGCACGUGAUGUCUUCCUGAUCCGGAAGCUGAGCAGUUGGAUCCUUGACUCUUGAAGAACAUUCUGGAACACAUAAACAGAAGUCCUUGCCAUCUUGCUGUGUGACUCCCCAGAGUGGGGUGCUAGAGUGGAAGCCACCUCCCCACUGACUAGAGAGAGGCGAAGUGACAGAAACCAGGAGAUGGUGGGAAAAGCAGUUGUUCCAGGUGCCUCCCAGUGACAAGAGUCAGCACCACGAAGCUACAACCGGCCCUCAGAAACAGCAGCAAAUCCACUGCAGAGUAACAACCUACCUACGCUGCGGGGACCCAUCAACCUUGCUGUGGGCCUGAAGACAAACAGGGAGUGUCUGGUUCUUGCUACUGGGUGAAGAGACAAGGCAUUUGGUCCACAAGGCUUUCAGUUGCUUGGAAACCAAGUGAAAAGCAUAUCCUGGGACAAUGGCAGUGGCCUUGCUGGAGGAGUGGUGCAAGAUCAUGGGUGUAGAUGUCCAGAAGUCACUGUUGGUGAUUGGCAUUCCGGUGGACUGUGGUGAGCCUGAGAUCCAGACAGUCCUCCAGGAGGCGCUGAAGUGUGUCGGCAGCUACCGGCUACUAGGCAAGAUAUUCCAGAAGCAAGACAACACCAGUGCUGUCUUACUAGAACUUAUGGAGGACACAGAUAUGUCUGUGGUCCCCAGUGAGGUACAGGGAAAGGGGGGUGUCUGGAAAGUGAUCUUCAAGACCCCUAAUCAGGACACUGAAUUUCUCCAAAGACUGAACCUCUUUCUAGAAAAAGAGGGGCAGACAGUUGCAGGGAUGUUCCGAGCCCUCAAGCAUGAGGGAGUGUCUCCAGCUACCACACCCUGCACAUCCCCUGAGUUAUUGGCCCACUUGGUGGGGCAGGCAAUGGUUCAUGCCCAGAGGCCUCUGUUGCCUGUGAGGUACUGUAAGUUGAGAGUAUUCUCUGGGAGCACAGUAGCUGCCUCAGAGGAGGAGCCCUUUGAGGUCUGGUUGGAACAGGCCACUGAGAUAGCCAAAGAGUGGCCCAUCUCUGAGGCAGAAAAGAAAAGGUGGGUGACUGAGAGCCUCCGUGGCCCUGCCCUGGACCUCAUGCACAUAGUACAGGCAGACAACCCUUCCAUCAGUGCGGAACAAUGUCUGGAGGCCUUUAAGCAGGUGUUUGGGAGCAUGGAGAGUCGUAGAACCUCACAGGUAAAAUACCUGAAAACCUAUCAGCAAGAAGGGGAGAAAAUCUCAGCUUAUGUGCUCCGGCUGGAAACUCUGCUCCGGAGAGCUGUGGAAAAAAGGGCCAUCCCCCGGAACAUUGCUGACCAGGUACGCCUGGAACAGGUCAUGGCUGGAGCCAACCUUAGCAAUGUUCUGUGGUGCAGGCUACGGGAGCUGAAGGAUCAUGGCCCACUACCCACCUUUUUGCAGCUGAUGAAGGUGAUACGUGAGGAAGAAGAAGAAGAGGCCUACUUUGAACACGAGAGCAGGGAGGAGCCCAGAGAAAGGGAGGGCUCUGGCCGAUGGGACAGUUCAAGGAACAACUGAGAGACAUCCCCACUCUGUUCCUGAUCUGGUGGACAUAGGGAUAAUGCUUGACAAGGCUAAUCCCAUUUCAGUGGACUCUUCUUAAAGUGUCGAACUAAAGUCAAACAUUAGGACUGAAGGGUUUUUUGUUUUUUUCUUUGUUGUUGUUGUUGUUGUUGUUUUGUUUUGUUUUGUUUUGAUAGGGUCUCACCUUAUAGCCCAGGCUGGCCUUGAGCUGACAGUCUUCCUGCCUCAGCCUCCCAAGUUUGGAGUUCUGGAAUUAGUGGAAUAUACCACCACUAGAUCUCAUCUCAGUUUUUCUUUCUGAGAAAAAAAAAAAAAAAAAAAAAAAAAAAAAAGACUAAGUUCCUAAACAUACCUAAAACUCCUGAACCUUAGUUUCCCUUAAGACACCAGAGUUGGCCAGACAGCUCAGUUGGUCAAGUUGCUUGCCAGUCUCUUCAGAGGGAGAAAUAAUGUGGGCAGGAGAUAUAAAUUGGCCAGGCAGGAGCUGGAGAGAUGCUUGGCCAUUAACCACACUUGCUAUUUUUUCAGAGGAGUUCAGAUCCCAGCACCCACACAGUGGUUCACAGCUAUCUAUAACUCUUACUUCAGGGGAUCCAACACCUUCUGGUAUCUUUGGGCACUGUGCACAUGUGGCACACAUACAUACAUGCAGGUCAUACACAUAAAAUAAAAACAAAUAACUCUUUAGAAAAGAACCUGGCUAGGUGGUUUCCAGGCAUUCCAAAAGUAUCCCUGGUUCUCUGGUCCAUGAAUGCCACAGGGAGCUCUGAUUUUCUAUUGCCCACUUCCUGAAGGUUACACUUGAGGGUGGGACCUUCAUCCAGACACUAAUCUAUUUGUGGAUAGCUUUAGAAUUAGGUCCAUAGAUUUUUCAUGAUAAAAUGGCUUAUAUCUGUUCCCCAAUUUUAAUCCAUCUCCUAAAUGAUUUCAGGGUUAUCUCAUCAGAGGGGGGAAUUUACAAUAGCCUUGAUCAGGGCUUUUCUGAGUCUCAUUAAGAGAAAACUAUUGCUUUCUGGUCAGAAAAAUGGCAUCUACCUCUUGCCUAGACAAAGACCUACCACUGCAGGCUAACCAAGACAUGAGUUAAUCAAGUUGGGCAGGUCCAUCACCUGGCAAGUGGACUGCCCAUCAGGAAGGCAGAUUCACCUAACUCUAUGCUAAUGAAAUGGGAGGAAUAAUUACCCCUUUAGUGGGGUCAUAUACUUUUCCUUCUCAGAAUCCCUGCUAUCUGUAGUCACUACAGAACCACUAUGAAAUGUAUUUUCGCUUUUUCUUUUCUUUUUUUGUUUUGGCUGCUGGACCAGGCCUAAGUUCACACUCUCUACUACUUUGAGCUAUUUCACUCUCUCCAUGCGGCUGUGUGCUAACCCUGUACCUACUCAUAACUUUCUCUCUUCUUUUUUUCUAUAUCCCUCUUCCAGACAGGUUUGAUUCCCAUAACCCACAGGGUGGAAGGAGAGAACCAAUUCCUGCAAGCUGUCAUACACACACACACACACACACACACACACACACACGCACACACGCACACACGCGCACACACACAAAUACAUGUAAUGUUUUAAAGCCACACCAAGUAGACCAAUGUUUACUCAUACCAUAGAAGGAUAAACUGACCUUAUUUUAAAACAACAACAACUUAAGUGAAACACAUAUAUCCUACUUACUGUGUGCAGCAGUCUACUCUUUAUAGGGUGUGUAUAUGCUUGCAUGCAUGUAUAUGUGUGUGGAGGAGGGGUGGUGCUUGUGGUACACAUCAUAAAGAGAAAGAAGUGAAGGUCAGCUGAGUUGAAUGGUCUCAGCGCCAAAAUGCUCAGAAGUGAUACCAGAACAGAAGCCCAGAACAAAACCUAGGGAAUCCGCCUUCUGCUGUGUGUCACUCAAAUGUGUUUUCUUAGUUCUUUAGAGGAUUGAUUUUAAGCAAGUGUGUUUUAAACUCCUUAAAUCUCAAACACCCAGCAGGUAGUAUCAAGUGUGCUAAUGACCAAGUCUCGGCAUAUCAGUGUUCACCAAGCUUGCUUUUGUUUGCAGGCUGACCCAUGGCUGCAGAACAAAGCUCCCUGCUGGCAAUGGUGUACACAUUCCAACUGUCCUGUACUUGUGCAUAGACGUGAAAAGCUGUAGUGUCUUGUGAGUAUGUGCCAGGUCAAGUGCACUAGGGCACCAUAAACAAACACUGCUUAGUUACAUGCCAGGCAGAGCGCAGGCACACUUAAUGUACAUUGCUGUGUGCUGUUAGCAAGUUGCCUAGUUUCUCUGAACAUCAGUUUCCUUAUCUAAAAAUGGGCGGCCACUAGGAUCAAAUAACAUAACGCAUUUUAAACGCUUUGAGUAACGUUUGGAACUUAGAAACCCCUUGGUACAAGAAGGAUCUUGGUAUUUUUGUGAUAGGUUGGCUCAAUGCAUGUUCUCCUGACUGUUCUUGUUGUAUGGAAACAAGUCAUGAAGUAACAGACUUCUGUUCCAGUCAGGAUGCUCCUUCAGACAGGAAGCAUUUUGGCUCCUUUUGGAAAUAAGUGUGCACUAGCUGGUUGUCCACAUCUGUGGUAAGUAUUCCAGAAGUGGUCGGUGACUGUUAGUCGACUUGACUUUUGAAAUGAUGACUUAUUCUGGGUUGUUGGGUUAGUUUAAGUUUAAUUGAAGAACAAGAAGUUGUAAGAGUGGCAUUUUCUUUUAAAGUCAUCAUCUGUGAUGGUUUAUUUUUGGAAAUAUAUUUCUCAACACCGUCCAGCCACAGUGAUGGGAUUUCUCCCUGACCAUUCUAUCCUGCCUCUGUGUGGCUUUGUGUUCCUGGGAAUAGCUUCAUUGUUACACUUAUCAACAGACUACAGAGUUAAAUGUUACCACUGUGAAGUUACCAAAUAAAUCUGAGUUAGUGAAAUCC